UCCCUCUUCACCUGAAAGCGUAGAGGAACAUCUCGCACCUCGCCACGCAGAAGCAGCAUGCCGUUGCUCGAAAGUCUACAAGACGCGGUCUCGCGCGUUCUCCCCGAGAAGAAACCGACCUUGCCCAUGCCCAUGUCCACCACCGGAGGGAUAGGGAACACGGGGAUGCUGCCCUUCGAGGACGAUGUGAGUUGCCUGCUCUUCGUUGGCGUGGCCCGACGGGCACCGGACGCUCCCGGCUGCGGCGCUCGCGAUGCCUUCGUAGCAGCGCCCUCGCCGUGGUUACGUAAUGUUCAUGUCCUUUCAACAUCCCACCACGCGUCUAUGGCGACGUCUGCAGAGACGGGAUGGUAUCUCGUCUUUCUGCUCUUCAUACCUAUCCUCUGGACACUAUGGAUCUGGAUGAUCGUCUCGAAACCCUCCAUCAUCUUCCAUGCGUCCCAGUCCUUCUUCAACUUCCUGGCAAUGUGCUGCUUUGCCAGCGUCGCUGCCUUUCAGGCAAAGUGGAAAGUCGGGCCCUCGGGUCUUACCGGCUUUGCGCUUUUCAUCUCUGUGAUUGGGCUCCUCUUCCCACUAUUCCUGCUCUUCGUUCCUGUGGUGUACGAAAAGUACAACAAGGGCGCACGGCUUGCACGCGCACUCAGCGAGCUCCGCGUGAGCUUCAUCCUCACGGGCACGGGUACCGCCAUUAGUCUCCUUAUUUCGUUUAUUGUCACCAUCUCGGCGUGGACGGAACCUGGCUGCAAGAACGCGGACAACGACCCGCACGAGAAGUUGGGCGACAGCUUCAAGAACGGGUUGUCUGGGUGGUGUGCGACUAAGAAGGCUGGAGCUGUCUUCUUCUGGCUGGCAUUCGGGUUUUGGCUGGCUUCACUCAUCCUGACGAUCAUGAACUGGCGCAGCGGCAAAGUGACGCGGCCACGUGACCAACCGUUCACCCACCCAGCUGAGUUCUCCGAGGUCGCGUCCCACGAAGGCGACGAGUAUGGCGACGAAGAGUCGCAAUACCACAUGAAACCCUCGUACAACUCUCAUGACGCGCACUCGCCCUUCGCCGACACACCAUACACCCCGCCCUCCUUCCCUGCCGCCCCCGCAGGCUCGUACAAUGCUCCAGGUCAGCCACGGCCGAGCAUAGACGCGUACGGCGCAUUCUCCGACCCUCCUCCCUCGGGCUUUGGCGCGCCAGGUACAGCGACGCCACCGAGCGAGAGUCCGCGGGUCAGCAGGACGAUGCAGUACGCGGACCCGUACGCGGCGGUUCGCGCGACGGUCGCCGCGGGUCAGCGUACCUCCGCCGCUCCAUCGAAUCCUCCUAUGUACAGCUCCUACAGCGGGUAUUGAGCGUAAGUUAACGUCCGGCGGGCAGCUUGUGGACGAUCUAUUGUAGUAUAGUAAUGAUCCAUGGACUGCAGACGACCUUGGCACGACGACGCACAUUGGCACGACUAUAUUCCGACUCUGUUGUGUUAUGAGAUAGGAGUAGUUCAGUAACUUAUAACAUGAUUGCCUAUAUAUGUUGUCAUGCAGCAUACCAUCGUCUCGCUGUUUCUUCGGUAGAUCAGUAUAAAUGUGUAGACUGAUGGCGCACAGGCGGCAGCGACAGUUCGCCUGAAAAGGAAGGCGUCGGCCCG